CGUUCAAAAACAUCGGGUUUGAAAUGUUGUGGUUACGCUGUCAUCACAAUCCGACCAUCAGUUUUCCAGUUUUCACGAAAAGUUUUAACAAUUUUUGUGAUUUUGUGCAGUUGAUUGAGAAAUAUUAGUUUUUGUUUAUCAUACAUUGUUGAUUUCAAUAACUGAUAGCUACGGGAUUGCUCGCAUUUCAAGUGAUUCGUCCUGCCAUCAUGUCAUCCUUCACGGAGUCGGGCCUGGUGAAAAAACUGAUAGAGCUGAAUCCCAGUCAGCAGAGCAUUCAAACUCUGUCGCUUUGGUUGAUCCACCAUCGGAAGCACCACUCGAUUAUCGUUAAAACCUGGAUCAAAGAGUUGCAGAAAGCGCCGACAUCUAAAAAACUCACCUUUAUGUAUCUGGCCAACGACGUGAUUCAAAACAGCAAGAAGAAAGGUCCCGAGUUUGGAAAGGAAUUUGAAAACGUUUUAUUGAAGGCAUUUAAGGUAAUUGCUGCUUCGGGUCCGGAGGAAAAGACCAUUCACAAUCUGAACCGAAUUUUGAACAUCUGGGGCGAACGUGGUGUUUAUGACGAACCGAAAAUCAAGGAGUUCUCCGGCGCUCUGAACCAGAGAGAGAAAAGUCCUGCUGCUCCUAAAGUGGUUGAGGAAAAGAAACGGAAAGCCGAAGAUGGACAUCAUGAAUCUAGUCACGGAGCUCACAAGAAAGCUAAAACGUCGGAGAAAAGUCACAGCGCGGAGAAGAAAGCCAAAAGUGAGACCAUCGAGGUGAACGGCACAGUCGAAACUCACGUAACGCUCAGUCCUCACCAGCCGGAAGGUGAUCCACCUGAACCGGAUGAGCUGAUUAAAGUACUGCAGGAUCUGGAGAAUUCUGCUUCAAGCGACGCCGUGGUUCGGGAACGGAUUGCCAAUCUGCCACCGGAAGUUUCCGAACUGUCGGCUCUGGCUAAGUUGGAGGACAAGGAAGCAGCUAAUCGAUUGGCUUUGAAGGUGAACGAUGCCAUAAAGAUCCUUAAUGACUAUAACGCUCGUCUUGCUGUGGAAAUGGACGAUCGCAAAAAGCUAACCACUAUGUUGAAAGAUUUCCAACGAGAGCAACAGGAACUUCUAGCACAAGCCGAACAACGAUUACAGGAGUACCAAUCAAAACUUUCGAAAAUUAAAGAGGUUCAAAAGGAAGUUCGCAACCACAUGAACAACUUGCCGGAUCUGACCGCACUGCCGGACGUGACGGGAGGGCUUGCUCCGUUACCAUCAGCAGGUGAUCUAUUUAACAUUCAUCACUAAGGAUUCUUGCCAAUGCAAGUCCGCCUCAUGACGUAAGUUCUUUUUGUCGUCAUUCACAACUGAAGCUGUUCCUAUGAAAUGUUCACGGAAUUUUGUCGGUGGGUUUGAGUUUGUCGUCGCGUUUGUAAAUGUAGUUUUCGCCGAAUGGCAUUUUGCGUGGGAUUUCUCUAUUUCUAAAUUGGAAAUCAUCCUCUAACAUUGACUUGCGUAUGAUCAUCUGCUGUGAAGUGUACAAAAUCUUGUACAUUGUGUAGGGAAACGACGUUUUUUUUGACAAAACACAAUACAAUGGCUGUUGAGGCAAAGCACACCCUAAGUUUAAUAUUGUAUAGCAAAAAAGUACUUCGCUUGAAUCAAAAGAACGAAAUCUUAUUUGAUAGUUUUAUGUAGACACAAUAAACCUAAAGUGUGUUGUAAUCACUAGAA